UCUUAUUCAUAAUCAUUUUUCACAUUUUAUCAAAUGCUUAUUAGAGGUUUAUAAAACGUUUGAUAAAAAUUGUUAUUCAUAAUCGUCAUUUAGCGCUAAAAUCCUCUUAUAUCUGUGUGAUAAGUUAUCGAGAGCUCGGGCCUUGUUUAAAGCUCUAAUAAACCUAUUUUAACCUAACUUUUAUAAAUGUCAUUUCAUAUGAAUGUCACUUCGUUGGUUUAUUUAUUCAAAAUAUCCUUGCUGUGAUCCUUGCUUGUGAAAAUGAAUGCUAUAAAUGCAAUUGUGCAUUUAGCCAAUAAUGCCGACCCAGCGCGACGUAGAAAGCUCUACCGCCAACGAAGCAACCCAUUCGAUUUGCGGGACCUAAAUUUUAAAAUAAAAUAUAGGUUCAAUAAGGACACAGUGCGCACCAUCAUAGAUUUGGUGGAAGAUGAUCUGGUUCAGAGCGCUAGAGGUGGUGGCACGUGUCCUGAACUGCAAGUUUUAGUGGCCAUAAGAUGUUGGGGACGUCGUGAGGUACAAGAUGAUGCUGGUGACCUCCAUGGCCUAAGUCAGCCGACAGUGAGCCGGAUAUGCGCCAGAGUCGCGCAUGCAAUCGCGAAUAAGGCAAAUUCCUUCAUCAAAAUGCCUAUCACUAUAGGAGAGCAGGAAAGAAUUAGUGCCAAAUUUAGAGCAAUUAAAAAUUUUCCUGGGGUGAUAGGAGCCAUAGAUUGCACCCACAUUAAAAUUAAAAAAACCGGAGGUGACAUGGCCCAGUACUAUAUUAAUAGAAAAGGCUAUUAUUCCCUGAAUGUUCAGGUUGUCUGUGAUGCUGACCUCAAAAUAAUGGAUAUAGUGGCUAGAUGGCGAGGCAGUACACAUGACAGUCGAAUUUUUAUGGAGAGCAAUAUAAAACAACGAUUUGAGGAUAGGCAGUUUAGAGGACGCCUUAUUGGCGAUUCGGGCUACCCUCUUCUGCCAUAUCUAUUUACACCUAUUUUAAGGCCUAGUCGUCCAGAAGAAGAAGCAUACAAUAAUGCUCACAUCUCAACUAGGAACACUGUUGAAAGGUGUUUUGGGGUGUGGAAGCAGCGGUUCCAAUGCCUACUCCAUGGCUUACCAGUAAGCCUUCAAAAUGGAAAAGCUGUGAUCAUAGCAUUGGCUGUAUUACAUAAUAUAGCCAUUGAUAUGAAUGACACAUUGUUAGAACAACAUAUGGAGCAGGUCCCUGUAACUCCGCAACUUUCGACGGAGAACAGUGUUCACGACAACCGACCUUCAUUGUUGAGGCGUAGGUCGCAGUUGAUACUACAAAAUUUUAUAAAUCAACAUUUUUGAAUGAUACUGUUCCUGGCAUCUUAAUGAA